UUUGUAAUGUUGGAAGAAAGCAAUCUGAUUCGAGUACAUACAUGAGAAAUCACUUCAUGCCACUUAAAAGAUGCUAAACUAAGUAUACUAUAAAGCCGCAAUCAAUGCAAUUUGAACCCAUUCAGAAAUCUGAUUCGCUAGAUAUCUGACAAUGUUGGCGUACAUCGUACUACUUGCUUUGGUAACCGGAGGUCUGUCCGCGGUCUUAUGCCCUACCAGGGUGUACCCACAACGGACCGUACAUUUGCCGCACCCGACCAGUUGCUCAAAAUUCCUAACAUGCGUCGGAAACCACCCGGUUGAGCAGGACUGUCCCGCUGGGUUGUAUUGGAAUAUAGAACAAGCAUUCUGCGAUUAUCCGGGAGUUUCAGGCUGUUCUCGCGGUGAACAUGCACAGCAACUGGAGAAACAGCUUUUCAACUCAACGGCCGUGGUCAAUAGCAUUUGCCUGCCGCAGUUCGACCGGUGUCCCCUGAAUUCCAACCCUACGGAACAGAUGAUUUUCGUUAAGCAUCAAGACUGUCGAAAGUUCUACGCUUGUGCUCAGACCCAUCAGGUUGAACUGUCCUGCCCGCCGAACUUGUAUUGGAAUUCGCAGGGCUGCGUGUGCGACUACGAGGUGGAAGCUGAGUGUAUAGAAAUGAAAAGGCCGAAUGAUGAUGUUCCGGUUAUUGAUGAAGAACCCAUCGAACCGGAGAAUGGAGAAGACCAAGAGCCGGUUGAUGAACCGGAACAGAGCGGCGACGAAGAUACCGAACCGGAAAUAGCACCGGAUCAAGAACCUGAGCCCGAGGAAAAUAACAAGCCUGACGAUGCGGAUGCCCAUGAACCAGCAGAGGAACCCGAACAAAAUGCUGAUGAAGUGCCGGAAGGGGAUGGUCCUAUAGCUAGAGUUCGUCGGGCGGUCGAUGGAGACGAUCCCAGCGGUAGUGGUGGUUCCAGUGGAAGCGAAUCCAGCGGUGGCGAAUCCAGUGGAAGUGGAUCAAGCGGAAGUGGCUCCAGUGGAAGCGAGUCCAGCGGUGGCGAAUCCAGCGGUGGUGAAUCCAGUGGAAGUGGCUCUAGUGGAAGUGGCUCCAGUGGAGGUGGAUCAAGUGGAAGUGGAUCCAGUGGAGGUGGAUCAAGCGGAGCACCUGUAGAGUCCGGAGCUGAUGUAAAAACCGCUUCGUCUAUCGCCAUUAUUGCAUUCACAGCGGUCAUGAGUCUUCUCUAAGUCAAAAUAGGUUCAUUUAUCGUGAUUUACGAUUAUAGGUGAUGGGUUAUUUGAAUGGAAUAAAAUACAAUUAUCGAAAAAGCGCA